AUGGAAUUAUACAACGCCUCAGCAGAUUUAGACGCCUUGACUGCAGCAAGAGUGUCUCAGCUUGCUGCUGCAGCAGGAGAGGCUCCAGGUGCUGCUGCAGCAGGAGAGGCUCCAGUUGCUGCUGCAGCAGGAGAUGCUUCAGUUGCUGCUGCGGCAGAAGUGUCUUCGCUAGCUGCUGCAGCAGGAGCGGCUUCACCUGGUGCUGCAGAAGGAGAGGCUUCACCUGGUGCAGCAGCAGCAGAGGCUUCACUUGCUGCUGCAGCGGGAGAUGCUCCAGGUGCUGUUGCUGCGGAUGCUGCUGCAGCGUCAGAUCAACGGACAGCAACGCCAGAUGCUGCAGCAGCAGCAACACCUGCUUCUGCUGCUGCAGCAGGAGAUCUAGAGGCAGCGCCACCGAGCGAAUCAGCAGCAGCAGAAGCAGCGGCACCAGAAGAAGCAGCAGCACCCGCAGCAGCAGCAGCACCCGCAGCAGCAGAAGAGUCUCCUGCAGCUGCAGACAAUGGGCAAGCAGCUGAUGCUCAAAGUGCUGCUGCUACAGCAGCAGCAACACCUAAAGCACCCUCUGCUGCACCAGCAGCAAUGCCAGCAGCAAAUAUAACAAACGAGGCGACACCAGAAGCGGCAGCACCUGCAGCAGCAGCAGCAGCACCUGCAGCAGCAGCAGCAGCAGAAGGAGCGCUGCCAGCAACUGUGAAGCCAGAGAGACUUUCUGCUGCUGAAAGGACCUCUCCUUCGAGCAGCAGCAGCAGCUGCAGCAGGAGCAACAGCACAGGCAGGAGCAAGGGAGACAGCAGCAGCAGCAGCAGCAGCAGCAAGGCAGAAGCUACUCCCCACAAGAGGAAGGCUACAGAGCGCAGCAGCAGCAGCAACAGCAGCAGCAGCAGCAGCAAAGUAAAGAAACGCAAGAGCGCCACAGGGGCCUCCUCGGGUGCUGCUGCUAGGCCAAGCUACAGCAGCAGCAGUAGCAGCAGCAGCGACAGCAGCAGCAGCAGCAGCGACAGCAGCAGCAGCGGAAGUGAAAGCAGCUCAGACGAUGAGGAGCUGGCCCUGCUGCAGCAGCAGGAGCAGCAGCAACUGGCGCCGCUGCUGCAGCAGGUGCUGCAGCAGCUACGAAGUAUGUUUGAAGAGCAGGGAACACCCAAUUCACUUUUGCUGCGGCCUCCGCCUCCUCAUAUUCCGUACACCAAACUCCUCAAUCCGGCGGCAAAGGAACCAGCUGCUGCUGCAGCGUGUAGCAGCAGCAGCAGCAGGAGAGGAGCUGCUGCUGCCUUCCUUUAA